AUGCCCAAGAUUCAACGGUUUCUAUGGCGAGCUUGUGCAAGUGGCUUAGCAAUAGGAGAUGCACUUAAUCGGCGUAAUAUCAAUGUUGAUCCGUUGUGUGGUCAUUGUGGUGAAUGUGAAACGACUUCACAUAUUCUUUUGGGCUGUGCAUAUGCUAAAGUUGUUUGGUUUGGUUGUCCACUUGGUUCUAUCUCUUCAAUGAAUGGAAAUCCAUCCAUAUCAGAUUGGAUUUAUGGUUGGAAGUCAUUCUCUAACCAGGGAAAGAAGGAAGCUCGAUCGUUGAUAACCUUAUGCAGCUUUGUUUGUUGGUUUUUGUGGUUAUCACGCAUUGAUCUGGUCUUUGGGCGUAGACUUUGGCAUCCAAGUGAAAUAAUUUCUGCAGCUGUAAAGGCAUUUCAGGAGUUUAUGGAUGUACAAUCUAUUGCUGCUACUAUUUCUCCAACAACUCUAAUCUUAACACAACGAUGGAUAGCACCUUCUGCAGAUUUUAUCAAGUGCAACUGUGAUGCCAGUCUGUCUUUGGAUUUAUGCAGAUCUGGGAUUGGUUUCAUUUGUAGAGAUCACAGGGGAAUGCCUUUGAUAGUUGUAUCCGAUCCAAUUUCUUUUUCGGAUGUUAUGGUUGGUGAGGCUCAUGCUAUUCGUAUGGCACUGUUGGAGAUGAUCAAGACUGGAUUUGCGCAAGUUAUGGUUGAAUCAGAUAAUAUAAAUCUCAUUACACAUAUCCAGGAUGGUGGUGGGACUUCACCAUUGCUGAUUCGAGUGAUCAUUGAUGACAUUAUCCACCUUUCUUCCUUCUUUGUAUGUUGUAGCUUCACUUAUAUUCCACGGGGAGCGUGGUUGACUCCUUGGCUAGGAAAGCUUUGUCGUUAA